AUGUCCAAGACAUCUACCAAGGGUGCCGAUAAGGCCGGUAAGGCCAGCAAGGCCUUGAACAAGGUCAAGGAUGCCGGUGUCACCAAGGCUUCCCAGUCCCCCGCCGCCAAGAGCAAGGCUGUUGCCAGCAAGGUCAUCUCCAAGGAGAAGUCCAAGAAGACCAACAAGAAGAAGGAGCCUACUCCCAGCUCCUCCGAGUCUGAGUCCGAGUCUGAUGAGGAUAUGAAGGAUGCUUCCUCCAGCUCCAGCUCCGAGUCCGAGUCCGAGUCUGAGGAGGAGAAGCCCGCCCCCAAGAAGACUGAGAAGAAGGUGGAGAAGAAGGUGGAGAAGAAGGUCGCUGCUAAGGCUGAGUCUUCUGACUCUUCCGACUCUGACUCUUCCGAGUCCGAGGAGGAGAAGCCUGCCCCCAAGAAGGUCGAGAAGAAGGUUGUUGCUGCUAAGGCUGAGUCUUCUGACUCCUCCGACUCUGACUCUGACUCUUCCGAGUCCGAGGAUGAGAAGCCCGCCCCCAAGAAGACUGAGAAGAAGGCUGAGUCUUCUGACUCUUCCGACUCUGAAUCCGAGUCUGAGUCUGAGGCCGAGGCCAAGAAGGCCUCUUCUGACUCCGAGUCUGGUUCCGACUCUGACAGCUCUGAUUCUGACUCCGAGGAGACCCCUGUCUCCAAGAAGCGCAAGGCUGAUGCCGAGCCUGCCGCCACUGCCAAGAAGUCCAAGACCGAGGAUGUCCCCGAGGGUGCCGUCGCCAACCUGUUCAUUGGUAACCUGUCCUGGAACGUCGACGAGGAGUGGCUCCAGCGUGAGUUCUCCGAGUUCGGUGAGCUCUCCGGUGUCCGCAUUGUCACCGACCGUGAGACCGGCCGCUCCCGUGGCUUCGGCUACGUUGAGUACACCAGCGCCGCCGAUGCUGCUAAGGCCAUGGAGGCCAAGAAGGGUACCGAUCUUGAUGGUCGUACCAUCAACCUCGACUACGCCGCUCCCCGCCAGGCCAACCCCCAGCAGGGUGCCGACCGUUCCCAGGAUCGUGCUCGCUCAUACGGUGACACCACCAGCCCCGAGAGCGACACUCUUUUCGUUGGCAACCUUCCUUUCAGCGCUACUGAGGAUGCUCUCCACGAGGUCUUCGGCGCCCAGGGCUCCGUUCUCGGAAUCCGUCUCCCCACUGAGCAGGAGACUGGACGCCCCAAGGGCUUCGGUUACGUUCAGUUCGCUUCCAUUGAUGAGGCCAAGGCUGCCCACGCUGCUCUCAACGGCCACGAGCUCGAGGGCCGUGCUAUCCGUCUUGACUUCUCUACUCCCCGUCCUGCCGGUGGUGACCGUGGUGGCUUCGGCGGCCGUGGUGGUGGUGGUCGUGGUGGUGGCCGUGGUGGCUUCGGUGGCCGCGGCGGCGGCGGUGGUUUCGGUGGACGUGGUGGUGGUGGUCGCGGCGGUGGCCGUGGUGGCUUCGGCGACCGUGGCGGCCGUGGUGGCCUUAACAAGGGCAAGGGCAGCAUCCCUGAGUUCAAGGGUACCAAGGUCACUUUCUGA